GGGGAUGGUGACGUCAGAGCAAGCGCGGGUUCCGGUUCCGGUCGCGGUCGUCGUCGGCGGCGUCGACGGAGAGUGCGUGAGGCGGUAAAGAUGGCUACUUGGAUAAAACCUAGGGUGGCCCAAACACACAAACUGAGCGCAGAUGGAAGUGCUUACGCGUCCACAGAAUACAACAUUGCAAGAGAAGCUGUGCCAAGAACAAAUGAAGUGGUGGAAUAUUAUAGUGGUUAUCCUGAAGGUUACACUGCAGAGGAUUACAACUACACCUGGACUGGAGAAGCCUGCAGGCCUGAAGAUGGUCGCCGAGAAGAACUUUAUCAGCAGUUCUAUAAAGAAUUGGAGGAGGAUUACAACAAAGAAAAGCACGCUGAUUGUGUUGUCAUAGCCCUAAGCAAGCAACAAGGGGAUUAUGCCAAACUAAUAGGACGUCGAGUGCAAGAGCUUGGACUUCUCGUGGAUUUGGUCUACCUUAAAUUAGAGUUGGCUCUGGAUACUGCUCUGAAAGAUGUUCGUGAAGAAGGUUCCCCCUUUUGUGUUGUUGUCGGUGGAGAACAUCAGUCUCUUUCAUCUUGCACAGUCAUUAUUUUGUAUGCUGGCCACAAAGAGCAUCGUAACAUGCCUUUAGAAGAUGCCUUGGACCUGAUUUCCCGUGAGCAUCAACGCAUAUUUGGUGAGAAUCUGGAGAAAGAGCGGCUGGAGAUUGCACACAAGGCGGCUAACUUGGCAGACGAUUAUCUUCACCGUGAGGCUUACAGCGAAAGCCAUGUUGUGCCCACCACCGUCCGACAUCUUAUGUUUCUGGUUGGUGAUGGAAAGCACCUUUAUGCAGAGGAGCUGCAAGUCGUCAUUGAAUAUUUGACCAAGCGAAAAGAGGGAGUUGAGACAGAGGCGAAUAGUAAUUGGCAAACCUAUCAAGAGGAGAGACCUGAAGCUUAUCAGUGGCCCCAUGAAGCAUCUCUUCAACAAGCUGCUGGAACUGAGAGUUAUUAUGACGUAGGCAGUGCUUCACAAACUUCCAACAAGCCCAAGCCCCUCCUUCCAACGCCAGUCAGGCCACCCCUUUUGGGUCACGCGCCUCUUUCUCAGAAAAAAACGCCUCUGUUGGGUGACCGGCCAAUUAGGGCUCUUCUGCCAGCUCCAGGACAUGCGUUAAAAUUAGGUGCUCGACUCCAGUUACAGUAAAGAAUGACAACUUUGAAGCAUUAGAAUGCAUACUGCUUUGGAAUAGUUUGUACCUUCAACACAAGAUUAUUUGAUGAACACCAGACGAUUACAACAUCAUACCGUACUAAUACCAUGGGACACCUUGAUGAAUAGUCACAGACUGUGAAUUGUAAACUCUAGUAUUUUAGCAUUUUAAAACGAUCCCAUUAUAAGUUCAAAUUUAUUUUAAAGAUGUAUGCCCAAUGUCAUGUACAAGGACCAUUUUUAUUGUAACUUAUCAACGUCGCCAUGAAUAGUUUUGAAAAGAUUGGGGAAAACGCCUUUGAUAAAUGUAUCUUGCGAUAGUUGUUUGUUUCAUUUGUUAGAUGUUUGUUGAAAAAAACUUCCCUCUGUCCUCAAGAACCUCUUUUACAAGGUUAUACUGUAUGGUGAUUUUUUUAAAUAUAUUUGGAGACAUGAAAUAUGCUCUCCAGUACUUUUGGAAUACACACUCUUCCAUGUGAGUAUAUCUAUUAAAGGUACAUUGAGCAAACAUCACCAUACAACGUAAUCUUGGCCGGAUUUGUACAACUGUUGACUUGACUGCUUUUGUACUGAGCAUAGGGGGAUGCAUUGAUUUAAUGAGAACCAAAAUGUUCCGUAUAUUCCAAUUAAAGUAAUUAAAUUUAUUUAAUGUAUUGAUAUACACCUGUUAAAUGAAGUUUCUAAUUAUUUUCAAGAACUGCUGAAGGGUGGAAACUUGAGAACCAUUUUGGAAACCAGAGUUUUCAGUGUUACAUCGUGAGACUUUUUAAGGGGUGUCUUUUGUAACUGAAAAAAAAAUACGGUGGUAUUUGAAUGGAAUAAAGAUUCCACUUUUGUUUAAACCCGCAAAUUAUUUGGUGCAGCACGUUUUAUGUUUGAUUUAAAGUAGUGAGGAAAGUGUUAGGUAAUCCAACUCUGGUUCACGUUUUCUUGUGUUUGCACUUAACCACUUUAUCAACAAACAAUAUUUUGUUGGUUCUUUUAAUUUUUCCCUCUCCGUUCGGAAGUUGCAAACUUUUUGUUUUUAAUGCUCUCUCUUGAGUUGCCUAUUUUGAGGUUAAAACUCAAAUGUAUUCUCGCUGUUCCAUGUUCUUUGCUGAGAAUUGUAGAUCUUUUUUUCAUUUUUUCCACAUUUUUAAAACAUUUUCUUUCAAAGGAUUACCUAUCCGCCUGUCAUGCCUUGUUCUUUACUGGUGUCUGUUUUUUACCGGUUUCUCAAUCCAGAGGAGAAUGAAUCCAAUGCUUUUGGGGUAAUUCGCUUCAGUGAGAUGAGUAAUAUUCUUCCCCUUUGUUUUUAAGAGAAAAGCUAAAAAUUGUUGUUCUUACUGAAUACUUUGCCCUGUAUAGGAAAAUAACCACAUUCCAUAAUAUAUACUGCAGGUUUGGGUGGUUACAAUGUUUUUUUUGUUGCGUGGGGCAAUACUUACCCGGUAAAGAGUGGAAUGUUAGUAUUUUAUCAGAUAGUUGCAUACUAACCAGCAAAAUAUUUUGUAAUGGUCCUGAAGUAAAGAAAUUAAAAAUCUUAAGGACAUUUGAA